AAAGUAUACCACCGCUUUUCGGCAUAGUAUACUGUCACAAUCAACUAUAGUCGUUCCGGAUUUGUCGUUUUGUGCACAGUUUAGCGCGGUUUUUCAACUACGAUCGUAAAGGGAACAAUUUUAUUUGCUUUACGUUAAGUACAAUUUGUUUCGGUUAAAUCUUGGUGUGUCGAUUAAUUGUAAUAUUACACGGAAUGACAGCGACAUUUCGAAUAAACGAUUUAUUUUCAAAUUAUCUCCGUCACAAUGAGGUGAAUGAAUACAUGGACUAUUUAGCGGCCAGCUAUCCAAAAUUUGUAACCGUAACGGAAUGUGGUAAAUCUUAUGAGGGCCGACCCGUGAAAUACAUCAAAAUUUCCUACAAUCACAUCAGUGACGAUGAAAUCCCCCCAUGCCAUCGACCCGUUAAAUCUGCUAAAUUCAAAUCGGCUAAUGCGAAAUAUAAAUGUAAACGGAACGGUGGUAACACGAAAAGUGCUCACGCUAAGAUAAAAUUGAAACCGAAAGAGGAAGUGAAGUCAGUAGUUUUGAUCGAUGGUGGUAUACAUGGGAGAGAAUGGGUUUCAGUUGCAACAACUGUUUAUUGCAUCAAUCAAUUGAUCGAAAACUUUAGACGAAAUACACAUUUGUUGAGGAAGUUGGAUUUUCUGAUUGUUCCGAUUGUUAAUGUUGAUGGAUAUGAGUACAGUCAUACGAACUUUCCCUUUUGGCGAAAAACCCGUAAGCCAAUUACGGGCACAAAAUACAUCGGAACCGAUUGUAAUCGCAAUUUUGACCAUCAUUGGAAAUCGGCUUGUUCCCGUCCAUCCAAGCACACGUAUCGCGGUGAAACGGCAUUUUCCGAACCCGAAAGUGAGAUGCUCAAAACGAUCAUGCACUCGAUCAAGACCAAUUGCAAAUUCUAUCUGUCUUUACAUUCGUAUUCAAAGGCGUUUAUGUAUCCGUUCGGCUAUACGAGAAAACCACCCGACAAUUGGCGUGAACUUCACAAGUUGGCAAAAAUCGGUCAGAUAGCAAUAAAAGAGAAAACUGGCAACAUUUACCGAUGCGGAACUGUAGCAUUUAUUAAUCAGCAUGUUGCGGCAGGCGGUAGUCCUGACUACGCGUAUGGAACACUUAAAAUACCAUACGUAAUGGUAAUGGAAUUGGCUGGAGGAUGCUUUCAUCCGCCUGCAACUGAAAUUCUUCGAAUAGUUCGAGAAAGUUGGUUUGGUAUCAGAGCAAUGUGCUGCCACAUAGCCGAUUUGUAAAAUUGGAAAUUAAAUUUUUUUGAUUUGAUUGAAAUCGACAA